AUGGACCACAUCAUGCCGGAUGCUGUACAAGGACAGCAAUUUUUCCGAGAACUUCUGGAGAACUCAGAAAGAUCCUUAAACGACAUGUUUGUCCGGACAUACGGCAUGCUGUACAUGCAGAACUCGGAGGUGUUCCAGGACCUCUUCACAGAGCUGAAGCGGUAUUACACAGGAGGCAACGUGAACUUGGAGGAAAUGCUGAACGAUUUCUGGGCUCGGCUGCUGGAGCGGAUGUUCCAGCUCAUAAACCCCCAGUACCAUUUCACUGAGGACUACUUGGAGUGUGUCAGCAAGUACACAGACCAGCUGAAGCCCUUUGGAGAUGUACCCAGGAAGCUGAAGGUUCAAGUGACUAGAGCGUUCAUUGCCGCACGGACCUUUGUUCAGGGGCUGACAGUAGGCAGAGAGGUUGCAAACAGAGUAUCCAAGGUCAGUCCCACCCCAGGGUGCAUCCGGGCGUUAAUGAAGAUGUUGUACUGCCCUUACUGCAGAGGACUUCCCACUGUGAAACCAUGCAACAACUAUUGCCUCAAUGUAAUGAAGGGCUGCCUAGCAAAUCAGGCUGAUUUGGAUACUGAGUGGAAUCUGUUCAUAGAUGCUAUGCUUCUGGUAGCGGAGAGAUUAGAGGGACCAUUCAACAUUGAAUCAGUCAUGGAUCCUAUUGAUGUCAAGAUUUCCGAAGCCAUCAUGAACAUGCAAGAAAACAGCAUGCAGGUGUCGGCAAAGGUUUUCCAAGGAUGUGGCCAACCUAAACCAGCACCUGCCCUGAGAUCCUCCCGUUCUGUCCCUGAAAACUUCAAUACACGGUUUAGACCAUAUAACCCGGAGGAGCGACCUACAACUGCUGCUGGCACAAGUUUGGAUAGGCUGAGGACUAUCUGGAGGACAAUGCAACAUGGUGUAACAGACAUUAAAGAAAAGCUAAAGCUCUCUAAAAAGUUCUGGUCAACAUUACCCUACACAAUCUGCAAGGAUGAGCGUGUGACAGCCGGUCCGUCAAUUGAGGAGGACUGCUGGAACGGCCACACCAAGGCGAGAUACUUGCCUGAGAUUAUGAAUGAUGGCUUGACUAACCAGAUAAACAAUCCAGAAGUAGAUGUGGACAUUACAAGGCCAGACACCUACAUUCGACAACAAAUCAUGGCCUUACGUGUCAUGACUAACAAACUGAAGAACGCGUACAAUGGAAAUGACGUCAACUUCCAGGACACAAGUGAUGAAACCAGCGGCUCGGGCAGUGGAAGCGGCUGUACAGAUGACAUCUGUCCCACUGAGUUUGAUUUCAUCACCACCGAAGCGCCACCAGUCGACUCUGACAGGAGGGAGGUGGAGGCUUCAGCCACACAGCCUGACCGGUCACUGCAUACGUUGCUUGUCGUCUUCAUCAGUCUCUUACUGCAGAGACAGUGGAGAUAA